CGUCCCCGUCUUGCGUCUUCCCCUCCGAGAAGCCGAGAAGGGGAUCCUUGGUCCAAGGAAGCCUCGCCUCUACUCGACACCUACUUCUCGCCAAACCGGCCAACGACCCUUCUGGAUCCUUCCGCCACCAUGGCUUCCUCGGCCCUGCCCUUCCUCCUCCUCCUCUUCCUGCUCCUCGCCCUAACCCCCUCUCCCUCGCGUUCCGCCUCGCUCUCCCUGCUUGGCGCUUCCUCGAACGCCUCUGCCUACGUCUUCGCAGAGAGCGACCCGAUCUCCGCCCUGGAUCCUACCUUCCUCGACGAGGUCAUUGACGUCGUCUCGGAGAAGUACGACUGGGAUCCCGAUGCGGAAGUCCGGGUCUGGCCGCUCGACCCCGAUGCGGCACUGGUCGGCGCCGCGCAGCGCUACGAACUCCGCGCCCGGGCGGGCUCGUCGGUGGCGCUGGUGCGUCUCUCCGACGAGAGCGUGAAGUGGAGGCGCCCCGACGCGCAGGCGGUGGAUGAGGUGCAUGGCCCCGACGGAGUCGACAUCGUCGCGGGCGAUGGCGCCGAGGGGUUCCGCCCGGGCGUGAGGGACGUUGACAUGGUUGGGCCGGUGGAGGUGAGGGUCGCCGGUGGCGCGGACGGAGAGCUCCAGUUGCCGACGUUGAAUGCCGCGUAUACAGGACUGAGGAGGGUACUUGUUGGUGCUGGCAUUGCAUUAAAGAUUACUGGUGCGCAGAAAGUUCAAUUCAGCCAUCCUCACAGCAUAGGUCUUUUGGCAAAUGGAAGCUUAUUGGCUAGUCACAAGGGACUAAGCCAGAUCUUGCCUCUUAGCCGCUCAACAUGUGCUCCAAUUCUUCAUGUAAGUGUUUUAGGGUCAGUUAUAAUGGUCGCACAUGAAAUUGACGUCUCUGGAGGCGCCAUGAGACCUUCUUUGAGUUCUCAUGACACUAUGGAGUUAUUAUCAGACAAGUUUGAAGUGGACAUGUCAGAUCGGUUGAUAUCAGCAUGCGUGUUCUGCGCAAUUAGCCCAAGACUGCCAAAGCUUGAGAAACUCCUGAAGACUUGGUUUAGCAAGAGGAAUGAGUUCAAUAGAUCAAUGAACUUCAUUGAAGCCAAAGUGUCAUCAAUACCUUUGGUCAAAUUCCGUUUGGAGCUUGAGAGGGACAUUACUGAAGAGGAUGGCAUCUGGGAAGAUGUACCAGAGUGGAAAACUUUACCUGUGGUCCAGCGAGUCAUGCUUGACAUUAUUGCUAGGGUGGAAGAAGAGGGAAGACUGAAGGCUAUGUCAGUGAAGAAGGUUAGGAAACCUUUUCCAAUAGUGGAUGCUACCUCUUGGAGCAGCUUGACUUCGAACGUUUCCUUCACCGACUUCAUGUCUUUUGUUCUGCCGCCUGAUCCGUUAUCACUGGAUGUUAAGUGGUGACAGCUUUUCUUGCUAUCUUCUGAUAGGAUAGGGCUGAUAGUAAAUUGCACAUAUACAUCAAUUUUGUGUAUAAUUUGACUGGGCCAGAAUCCGGAAGCGUACCUGGAAAUGGGGUUUGCCUGCAACACGAUGCUGAGAUUUUGUAUUGCUCUGUCUUUCAUAUGGACCAUGCUGGAUUGCUGGGUUGAUCAAUUGUAUAUAUCUGUAUGUUUUUACGACACUUCUGUAUAAUGUGGCAACGAACAUUCUGUGUAGAGGAAUAUAUGUUCACACGGGGAAAAUUUGACAGAUGA